AUGGAUUCAGACAACGACGCCGAUAUCCUGAUUCUCACGGCCGUCUUUGGUUUCGCGUCAACCCUCUUUAUGGUAUUGCGCCUUGCAAUACGCAAGAUUAAAAAAAGGCCGCUCGACAUCAGUGACUACCUGACGCUUAUUGCCAUCGCAUGUGUCCAAGCCCGGACUGCAUUUACGACCGUCGUCGUCCUUUGGGGCAACAAUAACGACUACCUGAUUGACGAACACCCAGACCCGACCGAGAUAUACCACCUUGUAGUUGGGAGCAAGCUUACACUAGCGAAUAGAUUUAUAUACAACACAUACCUAUGGAUACAGAAGGCAGUCGUCCUCCUUUUCUACAGGCGAAUAUUCUCAGUAUUGCCUGCGGCGGCGCAGAUAAUUGCCAUAUACUGGAUCGUUCUCUGUGCCACGUAUCUUGCCGCUCAGGCUGCCUGUGUCCUCGACUGUGUUCCGUUGCGCCUCUAUUGGCAGGUUGUGCCAAACCCUGUGCCUUGGAUAUUGUCACUUCAACAUACUACCUUAAAACGCCGACUCCAAAUAAUUGGACUCUUCUCUAUAGGCGUCUUCCUCAUCGCUAUUGCCCUCGCGCGUUUACCGGUGUACAAAGACGGCACCUCGCAAGACCGGCGACAUCUUUGGGGGUCCAUUGAGCAGUUUUGCUCCGCACUUGUAGCUAAUCUUCCAGUUAUUUAUAGCCUCCUCAGAAAGACAUCCUCCGGACAAAUCCCUCCACGGCUGACUAGGGCUGCCUCGCUCGAUCGCAGGGGGCUACCGAGGUCGUCGUCGCUAUCCUCUUGGGCGUCGGAAGUAGAACUAGGCAGUUGGCCGUCCCCCAAUACUACGCUUGACUCCAAAGGCACCUCUACUAUUACAAUCGACCAUCUUGAACGAGCGGUGAUACCCCGUGAUCCGCCUUAG